GUAGGUGAACUUGGUAGAAGAAUUUGACAUACUCCAGAUCGUUGGUGAAGGAUGGUUCGGCAAAAUUUUGCUAGUAGAACACAAGGCUACUGAUACUGAAAUGGUAUUGAAAGCUCUUCCAAAACCGUACACAGCUCUUAAGGAUUUUUAUAGAGAGUUUCACUACGGCUUACACUUAGGAGUACACAAAAACAUCAUAACUGCCUAUGACGUAGCCUUCGAAACUGCUGGGUUCUACGUGUUCUCACAGGAAUAUGCCCCAUUAGGUGACCUGACUUCGAACGUAUCAGAGAUAGGAAUCGGCGAGCUUCACACCAAACGUGUAGCAAAACAACUGGCGUCUGCUCUUGAACACAUUCAUUCUAGAGACCUGGUGCACAGAGACGUUAAGUUGGAUAAUAUCUUAGUGUUCAAAUCAGACUUUUCACGCAUCAAGUUGUGUGAUUUUGGCGAAAUGAGGAGAACGGGCUUAGUAGUCCAUCGACGAAAUGAGUGGCUACCCUAUGCGGCACCAGAAGUCCUGCAAGUGCCUACAGAUGGCGAUUAUGUGAUAAAUACAUCCCAUGAUAUUUGGCAAUUUGGAAUCGUGCUGUUCGUUUGCUUAACAGGGUGUCUACCAUGGCAAAAAGCAGCAUUGGAUGAUCCUAGAUUCGUCAGAUACUUAUCAUGGCAAGCCUCCAGCAUACCACUCAAAAGGCAGCCCAAACUUUUCAAGUUAAUUUCCUCAAAAGCACAACGUCUAUUUAAAAAAUACCUUGAACCGAAGCAGGAAAAGAGGCCAACUACUUUAGGGGAACUCCACCGUUACUUGGAUGACAGGUGGAUGUCUAAAGGUAUGGAAAAAACAAAUGAAACCUUGAAAGAGGAUGAUGGCCUAUGCCCUUCUAUGUACAGCUUCCACAGCAGCCCUGAAGAGAAAAACAAACUGCUAUUCUCCCUCACACAGUAUGGACUCGAAACAACAGUUGAUAGGGUCGCUAAGAAAGACAGAAUUAGAGAGUGGAUACAGAACAGUGUGAUAGAGGAAGAGGAUGAGGAUGUGCACAAUAAUUUAGACGAUGACGAAAAUAUAAAAAUAUAUGACAACCAAACGGGUCCAGUAGGUGAAAUGGUACAGGACCGAGGGCCAAUAGCUGAACAUAAAGUCAAACAAGUACGACACUCGCACAAGAAAAGGAUUGAUCAUAGAGGACGUCGGCUUUCAACUAUUUCUAUAACAUCAAAUAAGGAUCAUAAGCCACUUGUUGAUCCUAGAAUUCCGUUAGACCAGCAAAAGCCUAUGAUGGUAACUGGUAUCAACAAUAUCCAACCCAAUGGAACAAGCAGUGAACCCUUCAGUGGUACAACAAACUUAGAAGAAAGUCAAACUCCAGUAUCAAUUGUAAAUGCCAACACAUAUGGUACAGCAGAGGUUCUCCCAUAUCAAAACGUGAAGAUACUCAACUCCGGCUCAUCUGAUAGUGCUACCAAUAGCAGCGAAUCGAGCUUGGCUGCAAAAUAUCAGCCUGUAGGUAAUAUCAACGUGCAACAUCCCCAUUUUCGUUUAAUUCAGGCCAAUGGCGGUUUGGUUGCAACUAGACGUAAACAUAAAUGACGGAGAUAAAAUAUUAUCAGUCCAAGACUCCAAUGUAAGUAUAGCUUUUGUCCAGAGGACAUAAACACUACAUGCAUGAAGAGGGUCUUCCACAAAGAACUGUGGCCAUAUGUUAAUCGAAAUGUUGGGGUUCGACAUGGAAAUUUGGGGCUAUGGUAUAAUUGGUAGGUGCGAUUCGCCUAAAAUAAUCGCAUCUCGGGUAGUACCGGAAGUAGGCACUAACUUGCUUAUUUUAGAUGGAAUGCCCUGUAUAUGAUUCACAUUUACUUCCUACUCCACUGUCACUCAUUUCCGUCGGUCUGUCUGUCCGUCUGUCUGAUCUUAUAACCACCCAGAACUUAAGAAGUAUCACUUGAACUUUGAUGAAUUGUUUACACAAUGUUAUUAGUAUGCCAAGGAUGAGAAAGUAUUGUAGUUUUUGAAAAUCGGUCUAUGGCGGCGGGGUAGGGAAAAAAACAAAAAUCGUUCGAAAUUCGUUUUUUGACGUCUCAGAGGCUCCUGAUCAUUUGUUAUGGACGAAAAUCUGGGAUUGAGCUUUUAGGAGGUAGGGGGCUGUAAAAGUAUCAGUGAAAGCCUUCAUAUCAUUAAGUAUCUUCUGAUCCCGGUAACAACGAAAAAAUUAGAUGAAAAGUCUGAUACAUGGCUUCACACACCGAUUCAGGGAAUAUUUACUUAUUUUAGGAAUAUUGGGUAUUAGGAAUGCGUUCUGCGAUACGUUUGUAAAUAAUAAUUGUUUUUAUACCUACGAAUACAUUUUUCUGAAUUUUAAGAGACCUAAAUGUACCCGCCCAGUUCGCCUAACCUGUAAUUUGUGUUACUUAGUAUAUGAUGGUUCUCUUAUUAUUUCGCCAAGUAGGUUGACUUAGUACCGAUUACGCAUUGAUAAGCAACAGACUCGGUAUGACAAACCGACAUAACUGAGAAACACGAACUACUAACUAUUAUCGCAAGUUCAAUGCCUACAUCGUUCAGGCUUAGCUAGUUGUCAAUUUUGGAAACUGUAUCAGUGGUUUCGGAACUACAGACAAAAAAAUUAAAAUAGCUGGUACAUAUUGUUACAACGUUUCAUAGAGUCCUGCUCAUUUUAAGUCAUUGUUUGGAGGGGUUGAAUAUUGUAGUUUGCAAACUGUGUGCGGUAAAUAGUUGUAAAUUGUUGCAUGUUUGGUGCUGAAAGAUCUUUUAUUAUUACGGAGCUGUUGAUCCCGGUAAUAUUAUGCACAAAAAAAGGUAAAGUCACUGGAACAUAGUGCUACAACGUUUCAGAGAUUCCUGCUCCUUUAAAGACAUUGUUUGGAGGGGUUGAAUAUUGUAGAUUGCAAGCUAUGUGCGGCAAAUAGUUGUACAUUGUUGCAUGUUUGGUGUUGAAAGACCUUUUAUUAUUACGGAGAUGUUGAUCCAGGUAAUAUUAUGCACAUAUUAGACUAAUGAGUCACACAUGUUUUCCUACAUCUGCCAUGGAAAUACUGAUAUGUUUAUAUAGUUUUAUCUGUAGAGGUACAAGAUUCCGCGUUUUGGAAUGACUUAGAUAAGAAAUAAGACACGGAGGUAAAACAGGAAAGAGGAAAUCAAGUUUUAGACAACCCAAAAUGUUUUCAUUCUUUAUGACUUCACUGUAUUUCAUUGCAUUGAAAAUAAGGACAAUUUUGUAUAAGGUUGUCUACUUAGCAAAUUAGGAGUUUCCGAAUUAAUUUUUUGGAGAUAUUGAUACUUCUAUUGUUAAAAUGCCUUACAUAGAUUGUAACCUAUUGUAAAAGCCGCGGGGAGCACUCCAGCAACAAAAUAACGAGUAUUUCUAAAUAUGUCCAAUUUAAGUACGUGUAAAUUACUAAUAAAUGGUUUUCGUUUAAAAGAGUUGUCUUUAUAAAUAUAGUUUUUAUUUCAUUUUUUGGCCUCAGAAUUAUUUGUGGCUACAAGUUUCACAAUUUUAAAUUAUUCCAGUCAAGUUGCUGUUAUCAAUUAUACCAUAUUUUCGUAAUUGUCUAACCUUAACUUUUCCAGUGAUCAAUCGCCGCAGCACUAUGGGGGCCACCCUUUCUUUUCUCAAAGAGUAUAGAGAAAGAUUUUAUUAUAGCUUCUGGGUUCCUACCUGGUGUAUCAAAUCCUCAACAUUAAAAUCUCGGAAACAGUAAGGGAUGCGAAGUCGCUUAAUUAGGGGAGAAGUUGUGUAUUUAGGUAACUAACAAAACGCCGCAUAGAAAGUUUGGCAAAUUCGGAAGGAGACAGAAAAAAAACGAGUUUUAUCAAUUUUUUUCACUUUUUCUUAUUGUUAUUUGUAGUGGGAUUUUAAGAUAAAUUGCAAAUCAACAUUGCCACUUUUCCUCUAUAAGAUGGCAAAAUCAGAAUUUCAAUAUGUCGUUUCGUCUCUUGUCCUUUAGCAUCAACCUUACUUUUUCUUAUGGUAUGCCUCAUUAGAUUUUUGCACAAAUGAAUAGAUUUUUUAAUUCUGAUUUUACAAAUGUAGAAUAUGUCAUCAUUGAUAUUGUCAAACCUGAUUAUUCCAGAAACGCAGAAGUUCCUAGGUAGGCAUUAAAAUUGUCAGAUCAUUUGUCUCGUAUACCAGACCAGAUCUCAUACUGAACAUAGUAACAGAGUUUGUAGGUCUGAGAAGAAGGAAAUGCAUAGAUAUACCAAUAAUUUUUUUGUUGUAUUCAGGAUUCACCAUACCUUUUAUUAUUUUACAAUUUCCAUCUAACUACAAAUCCAUGGCCAACCAAGGAAAUACAUGACACAAUUUAGGAAUGAAAAGUCCAUUCAAAUGUACAAAAGUCCAAUAUGGCAUCCAUAUGAAGAAACAAAGCUGGUGAUGAAAGUAAAAAAUGAAAUCUCGGAUGUAAAAUUUGACGACGUCAUCUUUUAGAGGAGAACAGGUAACAACGACGGCAUUCUAUUUAUUGUGAAAUCAUAUCUCAAAUAAAGCCAGGAUAAUAAAAAUGAUUUUGGGAUAAAUCUGGUAUCUGAUAAUUUCAAGGCCUACUUAGAGACUUUAGUUUUGAAAUAACUGAGGUUUGGCAAUGUCAGUGUAUGACGUAUGGAAUCAGAAUUCAAAACUCUAUCUGUGCAAAAAUCCAAUAUGGCGUCUAUGAGAAAAAAUAAAGUUGAUGCUGGAGGACGCCUUUUUGAAACUCUAAUUAUGUCAUCUUAUAGAGGAAGGCUAAUGGCAAUGAUAAUGUGCAAUUAAUUUUGAAAUUCCACUACGCAUAUGAAAAAAUUAAAACGAUUUUUUUCGUCUCUCUCCGGAAGACUUACCUAAAUACGCAACUUUGCCCCCAUUUAAGCGACUCCACAUCUUUUACAAUUUCCCAGAUCCCAAUGCUGAGGGCCGAAUUUGAAACACCCGGUAUGAGGCAUCUGAUUCUAUUUUUCCCGUUGGGCGAUGUAGAAUUUGGAAUUAUGCAUAGACAUCAGAUGGAGACAUAAAUUGAGUUAAUAAUAGGACUUAACAUUGGAGUUUUCAUUUAAACUGAUUUAGACAGUUCAUCAUGUUCAACUGUAUAAGAUUCGUUUUAUUAUCUUAUUCAUUUUGUAAACUGUACAUAUUUAGCGAUUAGCAGCUGGCCUCAAAGUUCUGUUAAAAUAAGGCAGGUGUUUAAGCACGGAAGAAAACAAUACCUGAAACUGAACCCUCGUUUUGAUGUAAUGCCAUUAUAUAACUUUUGCUCAAACUUCUAACAUAAUCAUGUGUAGUCAUAUUUGAUUAUUCAAGGACAUAUGUCACAAAAACUGCCUAUAAGGUAUAUAUAUAUAUACGAAUAUAUAUAGCAAAAUUUCAUAUAAGUAUGCAUUCGCUAUAUAUUUGGAAGCGCUUAAUCAGUAUAUCACAACGCAUUGACCAACGUGCAGUCGUUUCAUAGUCAAGUAUCAAAAUGUAAGAAUGUAGCGUAACUAGUGAUGUCUAGUUCGCGAACGAAGUAGUUCAAGCAAACGAUUCAUAAAAAAACUCGUUUACCACGAACGACUGGUAUUGCAGGAUCCCGGUGAUCAAAGUAAACUAGCUGUGAGUGAAGAAACGAGAAAGAGAUAGUAGACGGGACACCACCAUAGGCAACCGAGUAAGCAGAAUGUUGUACAGCUGUUGUGUUGGAGACGAUCGUGAUUCAAUUCAAGAAACUCGAACAGUACAAAAAGAAGUUAUUUAAAAAAACGAUAAGAGAUAAUGUUAGCUGAAAGCAAUAAAACAUAGCUAGCUUUUUUUAAAUCACUGUUCCAAUAGCAAAUGGAACUGAUUUCGUAACUGGUGGUUUUCUGUUUCAACAAGUUGCGUACUGAUUUCAAACCGGUUCUGAACUGCUUCUAACAGUUCCGGCUCUGAGAGAGAAGUUAAAUUUUGAAUUUGUAGACGCACGCGCUUUUACAAAAUAAAUGGCAUCGAUCAGCUGUUCAUAGCUGCGAAGCUGCGUUUUUAAACCUGUUCAGAUACCAAACCUUAACCAAAUCUGAACCGCAAGUUGCGCCACUUAUUACAUAUAUUCAAAAAAUGAGUGACUAUGAAGAUCACUUUGGAACAGAUUUAAAUAAAGGUUAUAGGACUUUUAAGAACCAAAAAUUACGUAGGCAAAUGCUGAUGAGUUGCAUGGAUCUGUUUCAAUUGUGUUAUUGAUAAUACCAAGGCAAAAAAGACAAGAAUUCGUAUUAAAUGUGCCUUGUCGUUUUCCCAAAUAUGUACAGUAUGUCAAAAAGCAAUGGAUUGUCUCGAAUUCCAGUUCUCGCACACAAUAACUUGAUAACUUUUAUCUCAAUUAAAGUUAUGUUUGCGACAAUCAAGCCAUGUAAUUCACUGUUGCAACAGAAUAGUUCGGAAGUAGUUCUGAACUUUGCAUACCUAUCGCAGAAACAUAAUUUCGGAAUUAGUUCUGAAGCAGUUUGGACCCGCUUUUGUUGACUGAUGAAGAAAUUAAAACAACACUAGAAUGAAAACGGAAGUUAACUACAAAUUGCCAUUUAAAAACACUGUUUUUGAACUUUAUCGGCUCCUAGUCCAUUUCGUCUCUCUGACAAGACUUGCCCAACCUACCGCUAUUACGACACAAUUGUUUUUAACUGUUUCAAAUAAUCUGGGAUAUACUUUUGCUCUUUUCCAUCACCACCUUUUUCUUUUUUUUUCUCCUUUUGAUGCGUAAUACGUGCACCACAUAUGAAAAAGGCACACCUACAUAAUGAUUCAUUCUUAGUAAUUCACCGUGCCAUGGCGAACCAUGCUGAAAUGACCAUAAAAAGGCCGUACCGAUUGAUAGAAAACGAGUAUUUGCAAAUAUUUCCUAAUCUGCUAACCUUUUACAAAAUUAUCCUUAUUUUUGUUGCUUAACGCGAUGAGACUAUAAAAAAAUGACUUCAAGUAGGAUGACUGUGAACUUCUCAUGCAACGUUGAUACCACGAUAGCGCAUAUAGAAACGUUAGGUACGUGAUCCGUCUGAUGAGAGCAUUUUUCUAAGUUUGAAGGGCUAAUAUAUGGAGACAUCUAUGAUGUGUGCUGUGUGAAAUAUGUCUAAUCGGUGAGUAGAAACAAAAAGGAUGGGAGUGUAUAAAUGUACUGACAUCAAAAAAUUGAGACAAACCUUACUCACUCUCCGACAACCCCACCCCCAAGUUUUUUUACCUAGACCUUUUUUCCAAAAAUGAUCAAAAAACGAAGAUUGAGCAAUUUGGAUACUUUUCCGCUUUUGGCUUUUUUUAUCUCCCGAUACUGGGCUGAUUUCAAAAACUACAAAGCUUUUGCGUCAGUGGCAUACAUUGUAUAAAAAUUUCAUCAAAAUUCGAACGGUACAUCUCAAGCUACAGGCGGUCAUAGAAUUUAGUGGACAGACCAAAGGAAAUGAGUGACUUUUUUUUGUGAUGUAUAUAUCAUAUAACAUCCAAUAUAUAACAAUAUCUCAUUUUCGGAAUUUUUCGCAAUUACAAUACUUCCCCGCCAGUAGGCGUAAGAAGUAAAUCAGAUGGUUUCUAUUUGGAAAAACCGACUUUUGGGAUUUUUUCAGUUUAAUCUUCUUAUUUACGGCCCUGCCCUACUUAUUAUUUAUUUCAAAAUAUCGAGAAGUAGAUUGCUUUCUAGAAAGCAGCAGUUACUAAUCAUUCGGCAAAUACACAAACUCAAUAAAAAUUAAUAGGCUUUAUGGACCUCCAUUUGUGAUUUGUUAGACAAAAUUAAUUAUACCCCAAGGACAGUUGCAGUUGGUAUAGGAUUUUAUACAUAGAACCCCGCGUAGAUUUAGAAAAUUGCACAACCUAUAGGAUGUUCCAAGUAAAAUGAGCAAGAUAUCUACUACGUAUAGACUAUCGCCUUUAGACGUCAUCAUUGCAAUCAAUCGAAUUCUUGUCAGGCUUUGGGAAAAACUAUUUUUCAACUCGCAACUUUCUUAAGAGAAACAUAUUUGUCUUCCAUUGUCCACUUCAUAAAAACCAUAAUGACAUGAAUCACCCUGUAUUAAUACAAUUACUCGAUGCCAUUACAAACAAGCAUUUGACAACCUAUUCCGUACGUGCGCCAAAGUACCACAGCACUACCUUGUAUACGAGUAAAGCAAUGCAGGAGUACGCGACCUCUUUAAGUUAGGCACCUAAAGAAAGGUUCCUAGAACUUAGAAAAAUGUCAGCACCUUUAGGAGUCAGAAGAUCAACGACCUUUUCGCGAAUGCCCCUUCUUAAGGUAACUUUGUGUUCUUUGGUGUGAGCACCUUCCACUAUUCGCUUUUUAUCGGCUAGUUUUACAAAAUGCUGCCAAGAGAUUAUUUCAGACCUUUGAGCAGAGUUAUAGAACAUUAAAACGAACAUCCAUGCAAAUGUUCACCAUACCAUCUCUUAUUACAAGCUUUGCUGCUUCUAUUGCCUUACUUUACAGAAUUAUAAACGUAAAAUCAAUAAAGCCUUAAACUUGAAACAGUUGGGAUAUUCUUUACCCUCAUAAUUCAUGACUGGUAAAAGGUAAAAUUUAUUCUCAACCGCCGGUAGAAUAAGCACAUAAAGUAUGUCUACAUACCUUUUAUUAUAUAAGGGACGUGAUAGCUCAUUUUACCUGAUUACACUUUCUUGAACUUUGACAUCCAAAAAUGCUUAUCCAAAGUAGUAAUCGUUAGCCUCGAAACAUGAAAAUGCUCAUCCUAACUUGUACUUUAGAACUGUGUUUCAUAAAAAGCCAAGCUUUGCAUAUCCAUCCGCUGGUGAGCCACCGUAUUUGAUAGUUCUAACAAAAUUCAUAUUCUAUUUCUCUCAGACCGAGCAGUAACCACCCAGAGACGUAUAGUCCCAGAGAAUUACAGAACAGUAUAAAACAACAUACAAUUAAUAAUAAUAAAAACACACGCGCAUAAGAGCGCAUGUGUCCCGAAAUACGUAAAAGCUGAAAAGUUACACACUGUGGAAAAGAUGUAGGCGGAGCUAUAGUUAAUUUCCGGUAUGUCACCGUCACGAUGCUCCGGGGGUUACCGAAAUCGUGUGGCGGAAGAGUACCAACUACAGCCACAGAAAAAUGGGUCACAUGGUCUGAUGCCAAUGCUUCUGCAGAUGAAUACAUUAUAUAGUUGACACAUCAUCUGGUGGUUUUACUCGGAAUGUGGUCGUUUACAAUGUUCAUCUUGCUACCACAUAUCUUUAAAAUAAGGCGCCAUAAGACAGUUUUCCAAUUGCCACAAUUGAUUCAUUUCCAGUUUCGGCUCUUUCUACAGUGAAAACACCAUUAUAACAAGUUAUUUUUUCCUAUAAUUCAUAUGGAUUCUUUGCGCAAGAUGAAUAGUAUUUUAGCAAUAUUUGGGUAUUAGUGAUGCGUACCACUUUAGAGUUCUGCGAUGCUUUUGUGAAUAAUGACUUAAUUGUUUUUAUAUCUACACCUAUAUUUUUCUGAAUCUUAUGAUACUUAAAUGUACCCGCCCAUUUCGCCUGACCUGUAAUUUGUGUUACUCCGUAUAUGAUAUUUCUUAUUUCUCUUCUAUAUUUCUUCUAUUAUGUUAUUCCGUAUAUUAAUAUUCCGCCAAGUAGAUUGACUUAGUACUUAUUACGUAUUGAUAUACAACAGACUCGGUAUGACAAACCGACAUAACUGAGAAACACGAACUUGAGUUAUGCGAAUACCCUUAAGCAACGGAAGACUUGUGAACCGAGGUUCGAAUAUUAUCGCAAGUUCAAUCGUUUAGGCUUAGGUAGUCGUAAAUUUUCAAAAUUGAUUCAGUGGUUUCGGAACUACAGACAAAAAAGGUAAAGUCGCUGGAACAUAGUGCUACAACGUUUCAGAGAUUCCUGCUCGUUUAAAGACAUUGUUUGGAGGGGUUGAAUAUUGUAGAUUGCAAGCUAUGUGGGGUAAAUAGUUGUAAAUUGGUGCAUGUUUGGUAUUGAAAGACCUUUUAUUAUUACGGAGCUGGUGAUCCCGGUAAUAUUAUGCACAUAUUAGACUAAUGAGUACACACAUGCUUUCCCUACAUCUGCCAUGAAAACAGAGAUAUGCUUACAUAGUUUGAUCUGCAGAAGUCCAAGAUUCAUUGUACCUAAGUGAACCUACCAUGUCACGAUUAGAUUCUGCCUUUUGAAAUGACUUGGCUAAUCCAUUUUCUUUAAAAACUGGAAUGAAGACGUAGGAAGCAUAGAGUCAAUCUGCUUGACGCCAUUUUUUGUAUAUCUUGUAAACAUCAUAGACCUAAGACAUUUUUGAGGUAUCUCGAACUUGAAAAAUCACAAAUACGGAUCAACAAAUUUUAGUAAUUUUUGCCGCACGAUUCAUAACAGUCUUUCUUCUUUUACUGCUGGACCACUAUUAGUAGAUCUUGUUCCAUAUUUACAUAGGAAAUAAGACACGGUGGUAAAACAGGAAAGAGGAAAUCAAGUUUUAGAAAAUCCAAAAUAUUCCCUUUCUUUAUGACCUCAUUGUAUUUCAUUGCAUUGAAAAUAAGGACAAUUUUGUAUAAGGUUGUCUACUUAGUAAAUUAGGAGUUUCCGAAUUAUUGGAGAUAUUGACUUUUCUAUUGUUAAAACGCCUGACAUGGAUUGUAACGCAUUGUAAAAGCCGCGGGGAGUAUUUCAGCAUCAUAACGAGUUUUUCUAAAUAUGUCCAAUUUGCCAAUACCUGCCUAUAAAUAAAUUGUUUUCGUUUAAAAAGUUUUUAUUUUAUAAAUGUAGUUUUUAUCUCCUUUUUUGACCAACCUAAAUCAUUUGUUACAAUAGGCUCAAAAUUUUUAAUUAUUUAAGACAAGUUGCAUUUAUCUAUUAUCAUCAAAAUUUCCUUUUCAACGAGGUAUCACAAGUUGUCAUUCUUUUUCAACAUGGCGGCAUAAAUGGCAUCAUGCCAAAUUCAAUGUGGCGGCGUUUUGACAGUAUCUAUGGAUUUUUUUGCCAAACUACCCGCUAAUUUAAGAGGC